AUGUGGAAGAGAAUCGACCAUCAACUCAAGAUCAAAGCAGGGGAUGGGCCUCAGGCAGGCCAGUUCAAGGAACUGGGUCCAGCUCGGGAACUCACCGUGCCACACCCUCUAGCGCUGUCAGAAUUCCAGAGCUUCCCCGUGUUUGAGGACAUCAGUCAUCACAUCAAAGAAGUGGGGGCCCAGCUGGUAAAGAAAGUCAAUGCCAUCUUUCAGUUGGACAUCACCAAGGAUGGGAAGACCAUUCUGCAGUGGACCAUUGAUCUGAAGAAUGGCUCUGGGAACACGUAUCCAGGACCCGCCAGGCUCCCAGCGGACACUGUCUUCACAAUCCCGGAGCCUGUCUUUAUGGAGCUGGUUUUGGGCAAAAUGAACCCUCAGAAGGCUUUCCUUGCUGGCAAGUUCAAAGUGAGCGGCAAAGUUCUGCUUGGCCAGAAGCUGGAGAGGGUUUUCAAAGACUGGGCUAAGUACUGA